AUGGUGGUGGGCGGCGCGUGCGCGCUCGCGGCGUGCGCGUCGAUCGGGGUGUGGACGCACCGGAGCGAGACGCUGCAGGAGGCGUGGCGACCGGUGCCGGGGGAGGAGUUAGCGAUGCGAGCGAGGGGAGCGCGCGCGGGCGGGGCGUCGAUCGCGCGGUGGGGGACGACGUCGACGGAGAGGGCGCGGUUGGGGGCGGAUGCGGCGACGGGGGUGACGCCGACGCCGACGCAGAUGACGGCGCUCAGAGGGUUGCGGUUACAGAUUCGUAACGCGAUGUUCAAUCCGGGAACGGUCACGUCGCAGACGCUGAGCACGAUGACGAACCAGUUUUUCAACAUCGUGCCGCAGGCGCGCGCGCUGUUCCCGACGGGCGCGCCGGCGAAUAUCGACGACUUGGACGCGACGAUCAAAUCUUUGAUGGCGAACGGAGCGAUGGCGGCACCGGCCGCACCGGCGGCGGAGAGUGAGUUUAGAGACAUGCUCGCAUCCAGUCACCCGACCGGGGUCUCGAUGCCCAUCGAUGUUUCCACAGAGCCCACGGCGCAGCAACAGCUACGUCCGCGCAAGCCGUUGACGUCGUACGAGUCUGCGCUGUACGAAACCAGGCAAGCGGCGUCGCAGGUUAGCGAGCGUAGCGACGUCGCGUCCACGGGAUCGCCUCACCACCAUUCGCACCGGGUAUCGAGCGAAACGCAGACGGUGAUCGAGAACGACAACUUGGAACGCAUGAUUAAUUCGCUGGACGCCUCGGGAGCCGAGGAAGUCGACAAAGUCGAACCGUAUCGAGCGCCUUCGGGCGACUUCAUUGAAUACUCGAAUGGCGAUUCCACGAGGCAUCAUAGACGACAUCGUCAUUCGUCGAACGGCGAAGAAGUUGAAGCCCCGCAGGACGCCGUCUCGACGGGUCCCGCUUUGCCGCCUUGGGCGGCGCAGCCGACCGCCGCCGCACAAGUGCAGCAACCGAUCCAACAGUGGACUGGUACUGGCUCAGUGGUUCAGAGCGGGCAAGCGAUGCCGUUGGCGACGCCAGUGCCGGUGACGACGACGGCGCCCGCGCAACAAGAGGACGCAUCGUGGACGGAUUUCCAGAAUCUGAUGUCGGCGGCGCCGACGCCGGAUGCGCCGACGCCGACACCCGUUCCGACGCCGACACCCGUUCCGACGCCGACACCCGUUCCGACGCCGACACCCGUUCCGACGCCGACACCCGUUCCGACGCCGACACCCGUUCCGACGCCGACACCCGUUCCGACGCCGACACCGAUGCCGGCGGAUGAGCCUUCGGACAUCAAGGACCUGCUCGAUUUUGGCGCGCCGACGACGUCUCCGCAAGUCGAAGUGACAGCGAGCGCGACUCCUACCCCGACUCCGAGUGCUUCGGACGACGAAAGUGAUAUUGUAGAUUUAUUCACGAACGGUGGCGGCGAAGAAAAAGAUACUGGAGGAUUGGGUGAGGACGUAGCGAGCGCGACGGACGAUUCGACUGCGCCGGCAUCCAUGUUGAGACGGCCCGUCUUCCCGACCGCCGACGCGGAAGCGAUUGCUUCGCACAUCGUGGACAUGAUCAUGCAUCGUAAAUCGAGCGAUCAAGGCGAAGACGAUGCCGCAGAUAUCGGGUUAGAUCAGAGCGGCAGUGCUGAGAAAAAGUCGCAAGAUGCGCCCAACCUUUCCAAGGAGGAAAUCGCGGCAAUGUUGGCGUCAAGCUUGACGGCGGUGACGACGGAGGCUGUGCAGGCGAACGCUUUGGAGAACGCGCGCGUGUCUGACGCAUCGAACGGUAGUGCCAACGCAAAAAUAAUGGCCGACGCAUUAGUGGCGCACGAUAAAAUGAUGGCAAAGCGCAUAGCUGAAAUUCUGACGAGCGAGAACGCAGAGGACAAGCUUGCCAAUCCGAAUGCCGCCGCCAGCAUCGGCUCGGCGACGGGGUACGACGUUUCGGGUCGCUCGGGCGAAGCGGCGCAGUUGAUCAUGUACGAGGAACAGCGUCACCAGCGUGAGGAAGUUGAAGCCAUGCGGCGAGAUUUAGCGGCUCUGAUGGCCAACAUUCAGGCCAACUACGCCAUGGGCGCGACGGAGGAUCGAAUUGAUAAAACAGCUUCGGCGGCGGCGAGUCACAUCAUCGACACCCUUCGACCGGUGAUCAAAACAGACGUCGCUCGCGAGGGUUCGUCCGAGUCGUCAACUCUGUUCGAUUAUCCAGUCAUGCCGAGCUCGUCACUGAGUAGUGAAACUUUGCGUUUGGAUUCGAUCGACGACGAUAGUUACGACGACGUCGGCUCGGCCGAGGCCAAGGCCAAGGCCAAGGCGACUUCCAAGGAUGACGAUGGCGCCGCUUCAGGAGACUGGUUAGCCCUCUUGGAAGAAGACGCCGGGGGUGCGUCAGCCGCUGCCACUCCAUCGGCACCGGCGCCGGCGCCGGCUAAAAAGUCAUCUGACGGCGUCGACGCGUCGUCUUCGAAUUCCGAAGAAGACGUCUCCGUUCCCGGCGACAACGGCGCGACGGGCGAUCAACCCGCUUGGCUCGCGCACGCGCUCACCGACGAGCAGCUCACCGCACAGUUCCUCGCAGACGAAGUCGAGGACGACGGCGAGGCGACGCGCAAGCGUUCCCGCAAGCACAGGGCGUCGAGAUUGGGCGCGUCUCAACGCUUCACCGCGCCGACGCCCGUCGUCCGGGACGAACCGACGCGCGAAACCAAACAGGGCGCGUACGUUCGCGCCCUGAACGAGCGCGCCGCUCGCGCCCUGCGCCACGAUUAGCGUCAAAUGUCAAAUGUCAAAUGUCUCAUAGCGACCA